AUGGAAACGACAGCAGAGGAACCGUUGGUGAGUAGGAAGGGUACCGAAAGAAGAAGAGAUGACGAUCGUCCAACAACGGAGAGAGGACAGAGGCCAGAAGAAGAGGAGGGGGCAGCUGGAGGGCAGGUCACGUUCGUGACACGGCCAGAGGACUGGGCGGAGUUGAGUGUGUUGGAGGAGAGGGGAGAGAAGGAGAAGAAGAGGACGAUUCGGCCAGACGGAGCAGAGGUGGUUGUACCUUACCGUUGGCCGGCAAACCAGGGCCCCAAAGAGAGUCUCGAGGCAUACGAAAGCAGAUUAGCCGAAUACGAGCUAGAAAUGUUUUUAAAGUCGAGAGAGCCAAUGACGACGGUAGCGCUGGAAAAAGCCAGGGCCGGACAAAGGAAGGCGCUUCGAGAGAGGAGCGAAAGGCAGUGGAUCGUAGAUGACCUCGAAAGUCAAGAGCCCAUGCCACGGAUGAAGAGGUCAAGUAGCCCUCAUCCAGGACCCCCGACUACAUCAAGCCAGAAGCUAGGAGCCAGACCGGAGGAGUCAGUUCUGAAACCGAAGACUAGGGGAAUAGUCUUUGGUGGCUUAAAGUUGAUCCCGACAGAUAGGUCGAUAGAUCCCCCGCCCUACAGUUGUUUUAACUGCUGGCGAGGGGGACACAACGCCGAAAACUGUCGUCAAUCAAAAAGGUAUGACUAUUGUUGGAACUGCGGCCGACGUUACACCACAGUAGAAAUUUGUCCCAGGUGUGCCAAGGCGUAUGCACGCUACAUGAGAAGGCCAGAGAAAAAGGAGAAGAGGGAGGAGGAAAGGCCAGAGAGAGAGGAGAAGAGGGAGGAGGAAAGGCCAGAGAGAGAGGAGAGGAGGGAGGAAGAAAGACCAGAGAAAGAGGAAAAAGGGGAGGAGGAAAGGUCAGUGAUAGAAAGAAGUAGCGAGGAAAUUGUCGUGAAUGUGAAACCACCACAGCAGGAAGCAGACCCAAUAGAAGGGCAGGAAGUCAAGGAACAGGAAACCGCCGAGGGGAAAGGAAUAGAAGAGGAAAUCCCAGACGACUUGACCCAAAGGAUUAUAACAAUCACAAAGGCACUUGAGGGUUUGCCAGCGGAAACCCUAGACCUAGCCAUAAGACAACUCUUGAGGGAAAGAGAAAGUAGGCUAGAAAGGGGAGCCCGAAAUUAA